AUGGUCCCCCGGCGUGGUGACGCCGUUUGUACUUCGCGGCGAUGUGAGCUGCGCCACCUGGCUGCGUGGGCGGAGGGUGUGAUAACACGCAGGCAAAUCAAUGUGUCUAUUGAUAGAGUUGGUCUCCGACGCCCACACCUCCAACAGUUCUCGCCCCGUCUUGUUGCCGGCUCGCGCCAAUAUCUGCGCGUUGGCGAAGUCGAACUCAUGGCCUUACUCCAGCGUGUGAGUGGCGACUUCAGAUAGUUGAUCGCCUCCCCGAACGGCCCGUUUGUGCUCAAGUAUUCGUGAGCUGAGACAUCGUCCUAUUUGGCCUGUAUAGUGGCAAGGACAGCUGUGGCACGGGAUUUGAUAGACUACACCCGACCGCUCACCUGCGUCCAGCCGAUCCUUCAUUUUCAUGAUCCUGCUACGCAUGGUAGCCGCCGGAUGAUGAUGCCCAUGCCUAACUCUGACGAAAUGCGUUCUGUAGCCUCGGACACAUUCUUUAUGUAAGGUAGGGAGAGCCAAAUUGUUGGUGUCUCUCUUCCGUUUGUCCGUCGUGGGUGAGUGUGUAUGCAGCGCCCGAUGGAACUAUUUGGGUAGCUGUUCUUUGUUAACUGGUUCCGGAGUUGCCAUAGUUCUUGCAUCCUUCCUUCGGGCUCGCUAGAGGGCGUUUUUACCCACUGUUCUUCAUCUCUGACAGUAAGCAUGGCAGUAAAUGCGAAGCCUCAGAUAAAAACAGCUUGCCCUCAUGAGCUCGCCUUUUUUACCCCCACUUUGUUUACCUGCGGGAAUGCAGUGAACGGAAGUAGAUUGCACAUGAGUCCAUUUUGCUAGCCUCAGUUUGAAAGUGGAUUUUUCAGUUGUCGUUUUCGCGCCUGCAGGGCUAAACCAAAGCACUCCUAUGAGGGCGAUCCUAUGAGUAAUCUUAGAGUGUUUCGGUGCGGCCUCCAGCGCUGGUUCAACGCACAACCUUCAUUUUUGAUGCAGCACUUUUUUUCACAAAGUAACUCUGCUAAUUAAUGCGUCUCUCCUUACCUAUGCACUGUGCGUUGGCUUGACUGCACUUUGACUCAUGCGCAGCUUCUGAUGCAUUUAACUGGCAUCUGUUCGUCCUAGAAUUUCAAUGUUUAGGGAACUCCUAUGCAGGUUCUCACAUAGGUCUCUCAGUCAUUUUCGAGUUUCAAAAAGAAAUACUCCACUGAUACUGCGGUGCACUAAGUUCGCACGUAACAUGAAAAAGCAAUUUUUCUACAUGCAUGAGUAGGUUGUAAAUAGCUCCCUGAAACCGAAACGAUGGGUUCCACUAUUCGAAUUCACUCAAAAUCGAAAUUUAAAUGGAACGCAGACAAAAAUGAAGGGAGGUCCCAAUUGGGCAAGCGACGGAGACUCCUCAUAGACCCUUGAGACCCCGAACGGCUUAUCGUCAAUGUUUUCUUUUCUAAGUUAACAGGGCUUGCAACAAAUGUCAGAAGAAGAUAAUUCUUCUUUGGGCAAUUCAAUUCCCGUAUGAACGAUCGGUGAGCGCCUGCUACCACUGUAUAUUCCCGAUCGAAACCGACAGGGCAAUGGGCUCGUGGCUCAGUGGUUAGAGGCGUGGACUUCUAACUAACAGGUCGCGAGUUCGAACCCCGUGUGUCCCACACUUUGGUCACCCUUGUCUUUGUCGGUAAUAACAUACUGUCAAUUCCCUUUAUUUAAGCAAGUUCGUACCUUCUGUCCUGCUUGGAACAGUCUUCCACGGCAAAAUUAUAGGCCUUCACCCCAGUCAGUCAGUUGCCCCUCACUUGUUUAUUACUCCUCAGCCUAAAAGCCAUGAGAACACUAGUCGAGUCUCUCCAACUGCAUGGCUAGUCCUAUAUUCUUCAAGCUCAACAAGCUCCCACAGUAACCGGUCGACUUUCUGGAAGCGUAUUUGUCCUCCUCACCCACGUCUAGAAGAGCAAUACCUUAACCUCCUGUUUGCAAACCUCCCCCCUCCCCUGAAACUGGCCCAUUGGUCGUUUGUCUCUUCAGACCACCUAAGUCUGUUUGCCCUCAAGCUUGUGUAUCUGACCUUUAUUUUAGUCGUAAGUUGAGCGAGAAAAUCCCGUACUACCGCAAUAUUCCCAAGCAGCAAUUUGCUCCUCUACUGCUACAUCAUCUAGCAUUGUGCUGUUCUAUUGGGAGUCGAAAUGUACUCGAUAUCCCCUUCAGUAGUAGAUUCUCCCCACUAAGUCUAGUUUGGCCUGUAUUGGUAGGCCCGAAAGUUUUGCGCUUUUUCUUGUCCAGCAUUCCCUACGCAUGCAAAAAGCUGACUUUUGCACGUUUCUCAUUUCCUAUUACCAGUGUAGGCCCCAUGUGUCAGUAACAAUGCCAUAUCCGUCAGAUGUGGUUAUGUAGCCGCACCUGAGGUAAACAAACCCAAACAACCGGUGUUACGGGACGGGUGAUAAUAGGGGUAUUUAUAAGUGGGGCCGGGGAACGCACAGGUGACGAGGUCAAGUAAUUGCAUGCCAAAUAAAAACUAUUGGAAUGGGCGGUUGUGCUUUGAGUAGUUGAGGAAUAGUUGCCCUAACCCCAAACCUUAACCACUAAAUAUAACCCCUAACUCUUACCUCACAUUAAGCCCUAAUCUCAAUUCUAAUCCUUGAUCGCAGCCCUGAACCCUAACCUUGAAGCAUCCACCGCAAAAUUUAGAAGGAGACGGCAGGCCGAAAGUCAAGAAGGACCACCAACAUUGGGCCAAAAAAGCAGAUACGGCAACAAAGAAACAAGGCCGCCAGCAGAACACACAUCGCAACGCAGAGCAACAGCAUGCCAACGUAAUCACAUCAAUUCAGAAUAUUUAAGUAGGUCAACAGUAUUAUGUCCAUCAGGUGCAACUGCAUAGCCACAUCUUACCGCCAUAAUAUCUGUGGUGAGGUAACGAACUAAUUUACCUUUACAAAUUUAGUCCAUUGUCUUUGACCCGAUUGCUGGCUUGAAUGUGACGAAAAGCAAAAAACCUGAAAAACCGCCUUGUUGGCUUGCUUUGCUGUCGCACUCUCUUGUCAGGUUACUUAACGUUCAGAAUCUCUAUAUUAUUCAUUGCUCAGUUUUAUUUGCUGCCUUUAAGGCUAGGGACUCGUGUGAUAUAACUCGUUAGUUCGUGAGAGCACUACCAUUUACGUCAUGUCUAAAUUUAAAAAUUCCCACUUCACUGUCAUGCAAUAUUAUGUGCACUCCUGGAUGCAUUAUGAAACACUUUGAAAGGUAGUUUUUUGCUUAGCGGUCAGCGACUGCCGUACACGGUUUUUGGGGAAAAUUCAUAAGGCAGAGCAUCAACAGUCUCAUCUGGAAAGUUGCUUACAAUGUCAGUGCCAAAAUUCAGUAAGAACUAGAUCGCGGAUAAGUCCUGGGGCAGCAUUCGCUCUUGCUGUUCUUGCCGUUCACUCCGCGCUCAGGGACCCGGACGAAAGUUUUUAAGUUAACGCGGGUGCGUUCUUCGAUUAUUGCCCAGCUUUUAAUAUUCUCCCCGCCUGCCUCUUGCCUAAGAGCGCAUCCGGUUGCUGCUGUUCGGGGUAAACUACCCCUCGACUUGCAAAUGACGUCUUCCGAAAUCAUUUUGUUCAGUCUAUCAGCCGUAAGUAUAUUCGUUUUUUUCAAAACUGUGUUAAGUCUGUCGACUUUAAUUUUGCCGGCGACCUAGUCAAACUGAGAUUGAUCAAUAAGGUUUGGAGCAAGUCUCGCGUGGGUACCAGAAAAAAAGAACGUGUCUUUAAACUGUGA